UCACUAGUGUAUAAUGUGGCGUCAAAUAAUGUGUGUAUUAUUAUGCUUGAAAAGACAGUGUCUGUCUGGUUGAGUAGGCAAUAGCCAGUAAUUGAAUAUCACACUAUUCCAAACCAAACUCCGAUAAUGGCCAACCAAACUCAAACACAGUCUCACCCUAACACUAGCAUCGAUCCAAACAGCGGUUUCUGCUCUCAUUCCAGAACCUUCCACAGCCUCCGUCCAAACGUCCCACUCCCUCCACCCUCUCAACCGCUCUCCCUAACCGACUACGUCCUCUCUCUCAUCCCCACCGCCGCCGCCACCACCACCGUUCUCAUUGACUCCGCCACCGACCGCCACCUCUCCUACUCCCUAUUCAUCCGCCAAGUCAAAUCCCUCGCCUCCUCCCUACAAUCCCUUACCCCUCUCUCCAAGGGCCACGUGGCAUUCAUCCUCACCCCUACUUCCCUACACGUGCCCGUACUCUACUUUUCCCUACUCUCCCUUGGCGUCACAAUCUCACCCGCUAACCCGCUCAGUUCUCCCACCGAGUUGACUCACCAGGUUCGACUCACCAAACCCGCUAUCGCCUUCGCCACGUCAUCCACCGCGCCCAACAUUCCCUCCCUCCAAUUCGGGACCAUCCUCCUCGACUCGCCCCAGUUCCUUUCCAUGCUCGAUGGUGAAUCGCAGCCUCGCCGAGUUGAAGUGAGUCAGUCUGACUCGGCGGCGAUUCUCUUCUCUUCCGGCACCACCGGGCGAGUGAAGGGCGUGUUGCUCACUCACGGGAACUUCAUCGCGCUGAUUGGAGGAUUUUUCCACCUGAAGCACUUGGUGGAGACAGAUGAACCGCAAUCGGUGUCGCUGUUCACGCUCCCCCUUUUCCACGUGUUUGGGUUCUUCAUGCUGUUUAGGGCCAUAGCCAUGGGGGAGACCUUGGUGUUGAUGCAGAGGUUCGAUUUUGAAGUGAUGUUGAAGGCCGUCGAGAGGUACAGGAUCAGCUACAUGCCGGUGUCGCCGCCACUCGUGGUGGCGCUCGCUAAGUCUGAGUUAGUGAACAAGUAUGACCUUAGCUCGCUCCGGUUGUUGGGGAGCGGUGGCGCGCCGCUCGGUAAGGAGGUGGCGGAGAACUUCAAUGCCAAAUUCCCUAACGUUGAAAUUGUGCAGGGCUAUGGUCUGACAGAAAGUGGAGGAGGAGCAGCGAGAAUGGUAGGGCCUGAUGAGGCUAAGCGCCAUGGUUCUGUGGGUCGACUAGCAGAAAAUAUGGAGGCCAAGAUAGUGGACCCUGUUACUGGAGAGGCGUUAUCAACUGGCCACAAAGGAGAGCUAUGGUUGAGAGGUCCAACAAUCAUGAAAGGUUAUGUAGGAGAUGACAAGGCGACUGUUGAAACAUUGGAUUCAGAGGGAUGGUUGAAGACUGGCGAUCUUUGUUAUUUUGACUCUGAUGGUUUCCUCUUCAUUGUAGAUAGACUCAAGGAAUUGAUCAAAUACAAAGCUUAUCAGGUUCCCCCAGCUGAAUUGGAACAUAUACUUCACACCAAUCCUGAGAUUGCUGAUGCUGCAGUAAUUCCGUAUCCUGAUGAAGAUGCAGGACAGAUUCCAAUGGCCUUUGUAGUACGAAAGCCUGGAAGCAACAUCACUGCAGCUCAGGUCAUGGAGUUUGUAGCAAAGCAGGUUGCACCGUACAAGAAGAUUCGACGUGUUUCGUUUAUUAACUCUAUCCCAAAGUCUCCAGCUGGUAAAAUUUUGAGAAGAGAAUUAGUUGGUGUUGCUCUAUCUAGUGGUUCAUCCAAAUUGUGAUCAGGACAAGUAUGAAUAGGAGCGCUUUAGGCGUGCAACAUUUUCUGGUUACGAUUGUGACAUAUUUUACUUCUUGGAAUGCUUAAAACAGCAUGGGGUCUUUUUCUUUUUUUUUUAUAUUAAAACAGUAUUGGGUCUUUGAUGUACGUAAUUUUGUGUUUGUCGUUAUAGAUGAUGUACUUCGCUGGAAUCUAAUGGUGGGUCACUGAAUCAUGUGAUUUGUUCAGAUGCAAUCCAUGCGACAUUGACUUUUCUGUCACAUUUUGUAAUAAAAAUCAUCCAAAUAUCACAUAUCCAAUUCUUUAA